AGGCGGAGUGACGGUGCCGUCCCCCCACCCAAGAAGAAACUGCGCAAGAAGCGGCCGCCCUUGGACGAGUCAGGGGGAAUGACCUAAAGAAGAACGGGCCCCCAGGGAAGAGGUGCAACGUGAAGGACCCCCAGGUCUCUGGUGUGACCAGCGGGAGCCGGGGAGCCGGCCGGCCGGCACCGCCGGGAAUGGCGAGCACGCACAAGGACCUCCUCUCCUCGGAGCCGCCCCCGCUCCCCGGGGGGGGAGCGGCGGCGGUGGUGAUCGCGGCGGCGGCGGUGGCCGCGGCGGCGUGCCUGGGGGCCGGCUGCUGCGAGUCCGCGGGCGCCGUCGGCGGAGGAGGCGGCGGUGGCGGAGGAGGAGCGGGGAAAGGCGGGGGGCCCGAGGGGCCCGGCUUGCUCGCCGUGGAGGUGGCGACGCCGACGGCCGUGGCGGCGCCGCUGCCCGCGCGCUCGCUGGCGCCCAAGGCCGGCGACGGCGGGGGUCGCGGCGGCCGCAAGGAGACGCGGCUCAAGGAGAAGGAGGGCGGCGAGAAGGAGGGCGGUGCCUGGAUGUACAUGGAGCCCGUGCGGAGCCAGGCCCGCAGCCCGCGCCCCGCCUGGCAGCCGCCGCACCUCGAGCGGCAGCAGCAGCAGCAGGAGGACGACGAGGAGGAGGACGAGGACGACGAGGAUGACGACGACGAGGACGACGACGCGGGCUACGGGAUCGGCGAGGAGCGGCAGGGCUGGGUGUGGCGCAACGGCGCGCAGCGUGGCCGCCGCCGGGGCGUCCGCCAGCCCCCCGGCUCCCGUGCCGACCUCUUCUCCCGCGGCGGUGGCAGCGGCGGCGGCGGUGGCCGUGGCGGCGGUGGCGGCGGCGGCGGCGGUGGUGGUAGAGGCGGUGGCGGUGGUAGAGGCGGAGGCGGUGGCGGCGGUGGUGGAGGCGGGCUCGGCGGUCAGAGCGACUUCGAGAGUGGAGAGGACGAGGAGGAGGAGGAAGAGGACGAGGAUGAGGACGACCUGGAUGAGGAUGAUGAUGAUGACGAGGAUGAGGUGGACGAGGUGUCGGGGACGAGGGCGGAUGGCGGGGAGAGGCGGAGUGACGGUGCCGUCCCCCCACCCAAGAAGAAACUGCGCAAGAAGCGGCCGCCCUUGGACGAGUCAGAUGGUGAGGAUGACGUGGAGUGGGACAUGCGGGCAACCCGCCCGGACUCCCUAGAGGACUGCCCCUCCCCCAACAGCGCAUUACCCCGGCGCCCGCGUGGACGCCCGGCCAAGAAGAAGUCGAGCGAGCGCAAGCACCAGCAGCAGCAGCACCAGCAGCAGCAGCAGCACCAGCAGCAGCACCAGCAGCACCAGCAGCAGCACCAGCAGCAGCCGCAGCAGCACCAGCAUCGCGGAGAGCCGGGUUCGGCCAAGGCACGCGGCUCGGGCUACGAGACCGGCCUUCGGCAGCGCCCGCCGCGACGUAUCCUCUACCAGGCCGGCGAGCCGUUCUACUACCGGCCGCGCAAGCAGGACCUGCUGUGGCUACUCAAGAAGGAGAAGCAGCGCAAGCGGAAAUCAGACGGCGACGGGAGCCCCCCCUUGCUCUCCCGCCAGCCUCUGCUGCCCUCGCCCGUACUUCUGCCCUCUCCGCCGCUGCCCCCGACGCCUCCCCCGGCCCCUCCCCCUCUGCCGCCGCUGCCGCCGCCGCCGCCCGAGCGCAAGGAGCCGCCGGCGCUGGAGGCCCCGAAGCGCUCCGAGGCGGCGGAGCCCGAGAAGGAGGCGGCGCAGAGCGGGGCCGCUCCGGCGCCCGGGGCGGGAGACUCGAGCGGUUCCGGUCAGCACGGCGAGGGCGGCGACGUGGGGCCGGGCGAGCAGGCCGGCGCCGCGGCGGCCACCACCUCGGAGCUGCAGCAGGAAUACCAGGAUGGCUACGGGUUCCGGAUCGGCGAGCUCGUGUGGGGGAAGAUCCGAGGCUUCUCGUGGUGGCCGGGCCGCGUCGUGUCCUGGGAGGAGGCCGAGCAGUACUACUGGUACUUCACGGAGGGCACGCGCUGGGUCAAGUGGUACGGCGACGGCAAGUUCUCACUGGUGCCUGUGGAAAAGCUUUCCCUCUUCAGUAAGUUUGAAGAGAACUUCCACCAGCCAACGUACGCCAAGCAGCUCAUCUACCGCAAGGCCAUCUACGAGGCGCUGCAGGUCGCGAGCCGCCGGGCCGGCAAGCAGCUCCCGCAGCUGCCGGAGGGCGACAUGGACCACAACGAGGGCGACUUUGCGGCCCUGCUGGAGGAGCGCCUCAAGCCACUGAUGGAGUGGGCGCUGGGCGGCUUCCCCCCCAAGGGGGCCAAGGGCCUGGAGCCGCCCUCGGGGGAGCCGUCGCCAACGCCAUGCGUCGUGCGGCAGAGCCACUGCCCGAUGCGUCUGCCCCUGGAGGGCCCCCCGCUGCUCAAGCGCAAGCUCGUGGACUCCUACGUGUACGUGGACCGCAAGCGCCCACUGCUGCCCAAGAAGCCCAAGCCGCCGCCGCCCAUCAAAGCCAAGCAGAUCAAGCUGGCCGGCCUGCGGGACCAACACAUUUACGAAGUCCGGCGGAAAAACAGAAACAUCGAAGAUGUGUGCAUCGCGUGCGGCAGCCUUGACGUGAUCACCCACCAUCCGCUGUUUGAGGGCGGAAUGUGCCAGCCGUGCAAGAGCACCUUCAUGGAGUGUGCCUUUCAAUACGACGACGACGGCUACCAAGCCUACUGCUCCGUCUGCUACGGCGGCGGCGAGGUGCUCAUGUGUGGCAACAGCAAUUGUUGCAGGUGCUUCUGUGUGGAGUGCGUGGAGAUGCUGGUGAGCGUGGGGGCGGCCAAGUCGGCCAUCGCCGAGGAGCCGUGGAGCUGCUUCAUGUGCCGGCCCAAGGGGGCGCACGGCAUGCUCAGGCGCCGCGACGACUGGGCCAGCAAGCUGCAGAACCUCUUUACCAACGCGCACAGCCAGGAAUACGUCAGUGGCAGCGCAAACCCCAUCCCAAAGAUAUACCCGCCAAUCCUCGCCUCCCAGCGCAAGGCCAUCCGCGUCCUCUCCCUGUUCGACGGAAUCGCUACAGGUCUCCUGGUCCUCAAGGACCUGGGUAUCAAGCUGGAGCGCUAUGUGGCGUCCGAGAUCUGCGAGGACUCAAUCGUGGUGGGCACCGUGCGACACGAGGGCAAGAUUACCUACGUGGGCGACAUUCGCAACCUGACGCGCAAACACAUCCUGGAGUGGGGGCCAUUUGACCUGGUGAUCGGAGGCAGCCCGUGCAACGACCUGUCCAUCGUCAACCCUGCCAGGAAGGGUUUGUAUGAAGGCACGGGGCGACUGUUCUUCGAGUUUUACCGCCUUCUGCACGAGGCCAAGCCCAAGGAGGGGGAGGAGCGUCCCUUCUUCUGGCUCUUUGAGAACGUGGCCGCCAUGGGCGUCAACGAUAAGCGUGACAUCUCGCGUUUCCUGGAGUGUAACCCUGUGAUGAUUGAUGCCAAGGAUGUGUCGGCAGCUCACCGCGCCCGCUAUUUUUGGGGGAACCUGCCGGGCAUGAACAGGCCACUGGGAUCGGACCUGUCUGAGCUGCAAGACUGCUUGGAGCACGGGCGAACUGCCAAGUUCAGCAAAGUGCAGACCAUCACCACAAAGUCCAACUCCAUCAAACAGGGCAAGGACCAGCUGCUGCCCGUCGUGAUGAACGGAAAGGAAGACGUUCUCUGGAGCACAGAAAUGGAGCGGAUAUUCGGCUUUCCAGUGCACUAUACGGAUGUCUCGAACAUGAGCCGGCUCGCCCGUCAGCGACUGCUGGGCCGCUCGUGGAGUGUGCCGGUCAUCCGCCACCUCUUCUCCCCGCUGAAGGACUACUUCUCCUGCGUUUAGGCCUCCGCCACGCCGCGCCAGGGCCGUCGCAAACACAAUCGCGCAAAGACGCAGCACACGAGCCUGCACUAAGAAAACGCCUAAAAGAGGCAUGCACGCUGCACCGGUAAUGGCCAGUGGUAUAGCGUUUAGGUGAAGAGGCAAAACUUAAGAUAAAAAAAACUAAAUUUUACUAAGUACAGUACUAUCAUGAUGAGGCCGGCCUACGCAAAGCUAGGCCACCUUUGCUUGGGAUUGCGUGCAAGUCUGCGUGAAUGAUGCCGCAGUUAUAUCAAUUGUUUUACAUUGUUCUUAUUUGAGCUACAAGGUAAAGAUGUUUUUCAUCGCUAGGCCAAGGUCCGAAUGAAUUUCGACCAGGCCUAUGCUGUCAAGUACUGCAUAGGAAGUUGCUGCUAGGCCUCUUCACAGGUGUCCUGAGGUGUUCCCGUGGAGGAAUCCUGAUUUCUCAAGGUGCAGCACAUUUCCUCUUUUAAAUGUGUUGUAAUUUUAAUAGCUUAGAAAGAAUUUAAUACAAAGUCUCUACAGUACAGGGGAGCCUAUGUAAUCUUACAUUUUUUUUCUGCUGGAUUUAAACUGAGUAACUGCUUCCUAUGAAAUAACAGGUCUGUUUUAAGAAACAAAACAAACGUUUUUAUUUUUUAAUCAUUUUUUUAAACCGCUUAUUUAAUCGUGUGAAUACAAUUUUAAGUCGAAUGAAUUUAUAAUGAAAAUAUGAAGAAGUUGGUUUAUUUGGCAAGAAAUGUAAGGUUUAAACAUAGAUCCACUGUACCUCUAUCGAGUACCAGCUGUUGACACCACUGUCCGAACCCUUCUUGCCAUCGGCAGUGUUGUCACGUAUUAUUACUUUACGUGUUCAUUUCAAAGGGUUUUUUUUUCUUCUUCUUCUACUUCUUUGUAAUUCAGCGUUGUUGUUGUGUUGUUCGCGUCCGUUACUCGAGGGUCUGUUCGCUUCGUCUGCCCCAGUAAACCCAGACAUUUCCCUGUGCAGCUUCCAGAGACCUCGAGCAACUACCCGUAGACAAUCUCCUCGCUCGGCUGGGCCACAGUGGAGCAAGCACCGCAGCAAAGCAACGUCCAGAGACAUGCGCAAACAAACGCAACCUGAUUGGCAUUCUGUGUAAAUUACCUGUCGCGUUUACCUGCAGUGUUGGGGUGUUUCUGGCCAGCCGGGAUAAAGCCCAUGUCUCACCUCAGAUUGUAAAUGAAUCCUAACUCUUGAAAUGCUUGUGGGCAUUUCACCUGCAUGGGACCUAUUGUGACAUUUAAAUCAAAUUGCAUGAACGUGGGCUUAAGAAUCAUAGUUUUCAAAAGUUAUGGACAUACACGAAUUGUAUUUUACAUAGGCACACCCGUAAAACGUAAUGGUAAAAUGAUUUAUUUUAAUCCACAGUCGUUUUUAAACUUGCUUCAAGAGAGUUUUGGUGUUUGGCAUCGUUACGUCCAUAUGAACCCAAUGCAGCAAAAAUCAAUUGUUGUACUCUAAUUCUAUGCUCCGUGCCUUCACUAACCUGCACUGAACAGCGCGGUGAAGUAUAGUCGGAACAACCUCCACGACUCAGACGACGAGGGGAGGCCCUUAUCCAGCAGUAGAUUAACAAAGUAGAUGAAUAAAAUCCGCACCUCCGAUUAGCACCGUUGGCUACGUAUGGUGCGAAUGAAGUUCAUCAUGCAUAUAUACAAAGGGCUGUACACCUACAUGUCCACAGAUUCUGCCAACAACGACCCCUGCCUCCGAAACUCGGGCGUCGUGAGUUUCACACUUGAGCAGCCAAAGCAAAGGCUCUUCCUGAAGAAUGCGACCGGGUGGAGGGGAUUGUCCUGGGCAAUUUAAGGCAGCUUUGGGCUCAUUGUUGGCUGCGGGGCGAACAGACCACGCGUAUGUCUUCUCAUUGGCUAGCGGCAGUGCAAUUUUCCACACUUUAAUGCCUGUUGUUGAAAAAAAAAACGAAAAAGAAAAAAGUUAAAAAAAGGUGAAACUAAUACAAAGUUGAGGACUCCAAAACCAUCUGAGCCUUACUGUGGGUGAAGUUGAGCCUGUAUUGACACAGCUGACUUUCAGGUGGUUUUACACAGUAUUUCAGGUACAAAAUGCAGAGGACGUUAUAAUACACUCACCACAUAUGGGGGGGCUGGAUUUAGAGAGGUUUUGAUGCUUUUGUGGAAGAACAUGCUGGGGGGAAAACAUCCAAAUUGGCAAUCAGCCUUUGGGUUUGUUUUUUUUGUCAGUGUUGUGAUUUUUGUUGUCUAUUUUUUGUACACUAACACGGGGGGGAUUUUUUUCACUCUCCAGAGGAAAAGGAAAAAAACCCACCCCCCCCCCCCCACCCGACAUUCAUAGAGCGUCACUUUACCGCAUCUCCAACGCACGGCCAAUAAUGAGGUGAUGAACUUCGAAACGAUGCUAGAAACCUUGUGCAAAACGGGCAAUGUGCCGUAAUUUUUCGCCCACGUGUCUGUGGAAACUACGUCUACGAGACGCAAAAAAACGAAUUGAUACAUUUCCUCGCGGAUUAGUGUUUUUUUGUGAAGGGCGCAAGCUAAAAUACAGAUUUUUGGAUAUUAGUUGGUAAAGGAAAGGCGGUAGAUACAAAAAACGAGUUUGUUUUCCCUAUAUCUCAAUACCUUGUUUGAGUUACAGGUAUUAUUUGCCGGUCUUAAAUUAAUGCGAUUUUUGAUGAGCUUAUUCUUCAACGAUCAAUGUAAAAGUAUAACCCCGAUCCGCACAAAGGUCCACGAGCAGAUCAAUGAAUUUUUAAUAAAUACAAAAAAAAACUUCGAGAAAUUGCACGCUCAGAUAUUUAUUGUCCUGAAACAUAUUUAAAAAGUAUUGCACAAAUAAAAAUUUACACAAUUUCGUUGUUUUAACUUAUCACCUAAAACAGAUUUUGUGCGAUUAUUUUGAUAUUUAUAAAUAUGCUGAAGUGCUUUUCAAGACAUAAAAAUAGCAAACUUUUACUAUCUUCUAUGCAAAAAUCUAACUAAAGUGAUAUGACAGUUGUUUCAAACUGUAUUGAUGUGGCACAUUUUAAAAUUGUUUAAUAGGAUUAACGUGAAGUCUGAGGGUAACCUUCACAAACAUAAGCUUUUACUUACCUAUAAAAUAUCCUGAAUACACUUGAAUUCUACUUUUUAGCUGUAGGAAGGUAAAACCUAUCUUGAGCGAGUUUCUUUCUUGGUAGCAUGCAAACAGAAUACUGCCGCUCACCACCGCACCUUCUUUGCACGUGCAAGGAUUUGUAUGGACCCAAGCAGUUUGGUC